AUGGCUGCCAUGGGGGAUGGCUCAGCUGCGGCGUUGAUCAAUCACGACUCUGCAAGGGUCUCGCUUGGAUUUGCAGGGCUUGAGGCUCUCAGAGCAUAUCGUUGGUAUAUGGUGGGCCAAUUACUUGGUCCCGAGGCUAUGUUUCCCAGUUUCAAGGGCACAAUCUCCACAAUCUGGAGGAUUAGAUCGGGUUUGAUAAUUCAAGAUGUGGGAGAAUGUUUUGUUUUUCAAUUUGAUCGUGUUGCUGAUCGCAAUAAGAUCUUGCAUGGAGGCAUGUGGUUCUAUCGAAACACUAUGCUUGUCUUUGGCGCGUAUGAUGGUGUUGGACUGGCGGCAGAGGUCCCUCUGAAUUCAUUGGAGACCUUGGUUGUGAUCAAAGGAUUACCGCUGGUUCUACGUAAUAAGACAGCUCUAGGGUUGAUUGGGUCGGCCAUAGGUCGCGUGAUUCGAUUUGAUCAGACAAUCCUCAAUAAGAAGGAGGAGGAACAACGCAUCCGGAUUGUCUUCGAUGUUCAGCAUCAAGUCAGAGUUUGGAAGGUGUUUGAAUUCUCGCCGGUAGUGGUGCCAGAGCUGACAAUGGUUUAUGAGAAAAUUAAGGGUUUCUGUUUGAGCUGUGGUUUGUUUAUACAUGAUGCUGCUGGUUAUGAUGCUGGUGAAGGAGAAGGAGGAAAUUCUCGCGCAAGCACCGACGACAGCUUUGGCAUGUCUCACUUUAACUUCAGCACCGCAUAG